GUUGCAAAUUGAAAAAGAGGGCGUACAUCCUGUUUCACUAAAAUGAACUGACAGUUUUAUCGGUUAUUCAGAUCGACAUUAUUUUCCCGUUUUCUCGCCUUUUUCUCUUUUGCUUCGUUUGCACGCGGAAGUACUGCAUUAAAUAAGAACCAGAUCCGAUAGAAAUUACUGUAUCAAGUGGCUUCUGAAUAUUCCUACAUUAUAUUCCUUGAGAAACUGUUGAGUUGUUUGGUUAUGCCUUCGCCGACAAAUGUUUAUCACGAUGGAGAUGCAAAAAUUUCACAAGAUAUUAAUUAGACGGUAAACGACUUUAAUAGUUAGAAGAGAGCACUACAUCAUAAAAUUAUUAUAACAUAAUUAGCGACACUUAGCCCUGCUUUGAGACUGUACACCUACCUAAGUACUAAUAAAACAUAGCGUCAUUGCGAAACUUGGCAUCCACAGUUCGAACGAUACCAUCCUGCUUGUAAUUCAAGAGGCAAUAUCAGAUUUCACAUUGAUUAAUUCUGGGGAGUAAAUUCCCACAAAGCCUGCCAUUACGCCUAAUAGGCUGUAAAUACACGCAGAUGCGUGCAGAACGUGGUGGGACAUACAUGUGUACCGUAUUCUGUUCACCACCCUCUCUCUGUUUCCUGUUAUUUUUAACUUUGCACCUGAGGGUGUUACAAACUAGCAAUUCGAAAUUAUUUCACGGUAGAUGUAGAUAGUAUCAGAAUUCAUGUAUCCAAUAAAUAUUACAAAUAAACGAAAAAAAUCUUCAGGUACUUGAAUUCUUUGCAAAAUUAACAAAAAGAAAUUCCAUAAAUAUUCGUACGAUUUUCGUACGAACUGAUGUUACGUCAAAGACGCAACAGUUAAAAUUGUUCGCUCUGCGAACGCUUUCUACAUCCACUGUAUAAAACAAAGUGAAUUUCAAACGAUUGGAAAGAAACGUUUUGAUAAAAAGAAAUAUAUCGAAUUUGUUGGUCGAUUAAUCGAUAUUCGGGGCAUGGAAUUUCCGAGAAAACCGACCGUUACGUCGAAUAGGGUUUAACGUGGAUCACGAACACAGCAUCCCGAUGCUGCCGGUCACCGUUCCCGAGGGUUCGUCCUGCAAUUUAAAUGACUGCGACACGCAGCAAAUUCCUCUCGGGGUCGGCCAACAAGAACAGCUUACCCGCAGCCUGGUCUCGGUCGGUUCCAGCGUCUGCCGAAUCUGUCACACUAACACCUCCAAGGAGCCACUCAUAUCACCUUGUAGGUGCAAAGGAUCAUUGGCUUAUGUGCAUCUCGCUUGCUUAGAAAGAUGGUUGAAUCAAUCGUCUCGUUCCUAUUGUGAAUUGUGUCGUUAUCACUUCAACGUCAUCGAAACGCCUCGUUACAGAUUGCCAGAAUCGUUGAGAAUAUGGAUUACCCAUCCGAGGAAUCGUAGAAACAUACAGUCAGAUUUGCUUAUCUUCACAUUACUUUCUGUCGUUACGAUGGGCUUGGUAACGGUAUGCCUUUUAGGUAUGCAAUACUUUGUUAUCGAGGGAAAGAAACUUGGAAUUUCGAAGCUCUGGACCAGAAGGGCCAUAUGGUUUUUCCUCGUCAUUGUAGUGCUGGGAUAUAUCACGACAGUGUAUUUCUUGGGAAAAGACCAGGUGUCGCCUUGGUACAGGUGGUGGAAAAGUACCGUGAAUGUCAGGCUCGUUAUGGACCCUCAACUAUUCAGGAGGCCACCAAACGACUCCUUUCAAGGAUACGAGAAUCAAACGACGGAUAAUACUGUUUUACAUAAUGUCAGAUGCAUUGCAGGAAAUCCUCAAUGACGACAAAAGAAUUUCGAAUAUGUUUCUAUUUACCUGUUGCAAUAAUUCUAUUCAAGAAGAAUGAAUUGUUCUAGUUCUAUAACAAAUAUGUUUAA